UGUUAUUCCUGCAACGUCAAGGUAACCUGCACCUUGAAGACCAACCUUUGCCCUCAACUUCAAAGCGCAGAUUCUGCCGCGAUACACAACUCCCGGGUUUUUCUAACAGAUAAUCACCCUUCCGAAUCAACACCUUCCACCACUGCCAGACACUUCUUGGAGCAUGGCAGCGAGACGGGUCCCGCUGGACGUGGAGGCGCUGCUUCAGAAGCGGAAAGCGGAAGAAGCGGCCGCAUCCAAGCCUAGGUUCAUUCCCAAAAAAGAGCGCGAGCGCUUGGAAGCAGAAAAGAAAGCAAAGGAAGAAGCGGAGCGAAGACGCCAUGAAGAGCUCAAAAAUAACCCUCCAUUCGAGCGCGCGGGUACAAAUGGCACAAACGGCACCAACGGUGUCAACGGCACCAACGGGGACUACAGAUCAAGGCAUCGUCCGACACAGCAUGACAUACCGACCGGUCCGAAGGCAAUGCGCCCACAUGUUGAUGGCGGCGAGCAUCGGCAAGGUGGAAAGCGCGGGCGACCGAACGACGAGGACCACAAGCGAGCAGAGAUGGAGCGGAAUGACGAGGCGGAACUCCGGGCGCGGUACAUGGGCCCUGAAGUCAACCAGUCCACAUUCUCGGCCAAAAAGAAGAGGAGGAGAACCGCGGCGAACAAGUUUAACUUCGACUGGGAUCCGGAUGACGAUACUAGCAGGCCUUUCGACCCCAUCUACGCCGAACGUCCAGACCCCCUUUUCAGGCUGGCGGGCUACGAACAUUCGGACGAGCUUAUUUUGCGCAAAGCAGAGGCUAUACGGCGCGGCGACCCAGAGACCGGAGAGGAGCGCGCUAGGCAGUUGCUAGAGCAGCAUGAGCGCAUCAAGCAAGCGGCAGAGCGCAAGAACCUUGGCAAGCACUGGUCCGAGAAGAAGUUGGAGGAUAUGAAGGAGCGGGAUUGGCGCAUAUUCAAGGAGAAUUUUGGCAUCGCCACCAAAGGCGGUGCCAUUCCGAAUCCAAUGCGCAGCUGGCAGGAGUCCAACUUGCCUCGUCGUCUGCUUGAAAUCGUUCACAAUGUCGGUUACGACGAGCCGACGCCUAUUCAACGAGCCGCCAUACCCAUUGCGCUCCAGGCGCGAGACUUGAUCGGCGUUGCCGUCACAGGUUCCGGCAAGACUGCCGCAUUCUUACUACCGCUACUUGUGUACAUCUCAGAGCUGCCGCCUCUGAACGAGUACAACAAAAACGACGGACCGUAUGCCCUAAUCCUUGCACCCACCAGAGAAUUGGUACAGCAGAUCGAAUCCGAGGCCAAGAAAUUUGCCACGCCCCUGGGUUUCACGGUAGUCAGCAUCGUUGGCGGUCAUUCCCUGGAGGAGCAAGCAUUUGCGCUUCGAAACGGCGCAGAGAUCAUUGUUGCAACACCAGGUCGUCUGGUAGAUUGCCUUGAAAGGCGGCUGCUGGUGUUUUCCCAGUGCUGCUACAUCAUCAUGGACGAAGCAGAUCGCAUGAUCGAUCAAGGCUUCGAGGAACCUUUGACCAAGAUUCUCGAUGCCCUACCUGUGACGAACGAAAAGCCGGAUACGGAAGACGCCGAGAACCCACAGUUGAUGAGCCGGUAUCUUGGCGGCAAAGACCGGUAUCGGCAAACCAUGAUGUACACGGCAACUAUGCCGCCAUUGGUGGAGAAGAUUGCCAAGAAGUAUCUCCGGCGGCCUGCCAUAGUGACCAUUGGUAAUGCAGGCGAAGCAGUGGACACGGUCGAGCAACGGGUCGAAUUCAUCGCGGGCGAGGACAAGAGGAAGCGCAGGCUCCAGGAGAUCCUGAAUUCCGGGCAGUUCAAGCCGCCAAUUAUUGUCUUUGUCAACAUCAAGCGGAACUGCGAGAUGGUCGCCAAAGACAUCAAAUCAUGGGGCUACUCGACCGUCACGCUACAUGGUAGCAAGACGCAGGAGCAGCGUGAGGCAUCGCUGGCGUCGCUGCGCAACGGCCAGUCGAGCAUUCUGGUGGCGACGGACCUGGCAGGUCGUGGUAUCGACGUGCCGGAUGUCUCCUUGGUGGUCAACUUCAACAUGCCGUCGAGCAUUGAGGCCUACACGCACCGUAUCGGCCGUACCGGUCGUGCGGGCAAGAGCGGUGUGGCCAUCACAUUCCUGGGCAACGAGGACGCGGACGUCAUGUAUGACUUGAGGCAGAUUAUAUCCAAAUCCUCAAUAUCAAAGGUGCCGGAGGAACUGCGGCGCCACGAAGCCGCCCAGUCGAAGCCCCAAAAGGGCGGCGGCGGGAAGAAGCUGGAGGAGAGUGGGGGUUUCGCUGGGAAGGGGGCCUCAUGGCAGCAGUGAGUCAUGUAUGUAUGGAGUUUGUUCAAUACCUUAUGUAAUUGAUUACAUUGGGCCUACCGGGGGUGUCCCGCUCUAUGGGUUGAAUACGGGAGCUUGGCACUUCUUCUUAUUUUUCUUCGCCAGUCGACGCGUGGACUUGGGGAGCUUUGGAUCGGGUGGUUGGUCAAUCUGAUCUUAUCAGAUGAUCAGAUAAGAUUUCUCCGGAUCUAACAUCCAGAUCAGGCAAUUCCAGAUCUC